CGAUAUGGACAACGCAACAAAAGGAAAAGAAAAACAAAACCACCAAAUGUCCUGACGAUCCACCAUAAAUCUUGUUCUCAGGUACUAUAGUCAAUCUGCUGCGCAUCGCUCCGGGAAGAUGCGCUUGGCGCAUUCGCCAGAGGACCCUCGCCGCAGCUACCACGACAACGACCGUCAUGGCAACUCCGUUCAAGCCUCCGCCUCUGCCUCCGUCUCGCCAUGACGACUCGUCGUCCCCUUUCCCGACUCUCGACGAGAUUCGGUUCGGGAUUACCAAACCUUCCCGAAAACACGAAGAAUUUGCGCGUUCAUCUUCGCAUCACACCCCGGUGCCAACCACCCACGCUGCGAGCUUCCUAACCACAAAGCAGACGCCAAUCGACCUGGUGACGCCUGCCAGGUUACUACCCACGGAGCCCAUCGACGACGACUAUGAAGAGGACCCUGUUCAGGUGAUUCGGAUCCCGGCACCUGGGACAAAGAAAGGCAGGCGGAAAGCGGGUUCUGGUAGACUCCGCGAGGUGAAGCCCAAACGACCGAAACCACCGACGGGGGAGGAGACGCCGGACAAGAAGCCCUGGAAGAAGUACAAGCCGAGCGAAUCCCCCGAGUCGGAGGCUAGGUGUGGUAAAGCAAAGACAGGUCAAAGGAAGGAUAAGACGAGAAAGGCGUCGGAGGUGCGAAGCCAUUACUUUCCCACGGUCAAGCCGAACAAGUCGAAAGAGUCCAACGAGUCGAACGGUGAUCAGUCGGAGGUUCCGGCACCACAAAUUGCCGAUGCUGACGCUCCACUCGAGCUACCUCCAGCUUCUAAACGGAGGUUGGAUUGGACACCCCCUCCGGCCGACAAACUCAUCAACCUUGACCCCGCGUCUUCGGAUAUUCGAGAGCUGGUAUCAUCUACGGCAAAGCACCCGAGCAAUGACGCGUCAAAGGAGGUUUUUGGGCAUUUCCUCGCCAAGUACGGCCGGGAGGAGGAACAAAUCGAAGCGGCUGUAGUUGGUUCCUUGGAGGGAAUACCAGAGAUCUUCAAGAAGAGAAAACAACCCGAGCUAGCGGUCCCUGAGGGAACAGACACGUCACCGAUCAAAAAAGCCCCCAAGAAGAAGAAGAAGCCCCGGACCAUCACGGAACUGGCAACGGCGGCGUACGCUAGACCCGACGAGUCGGAGCAAGAACCGCCCACGGCAUCUAUUCUCGAUUACGUCCAGCAGCAAGCCAACGCGGGAGACGCGGGCGCGAAAGCUACGAAGAAGCCGGGUAGGAAACCGACGAGGAGGAAAAAUGGCAAGGCUGCGCCCCCCGAGCCCGUGCUGCUAUCCCCGAACGCGGCGAUUCGAGAGGUGGCCAAGCAGGAUUUCGUGUUCGGAACGUCGAGUCAGCUGGCAAGGGAGCAGUCGCCGACGGUACUCAGAGACCUGCAAACGGCCCUUCGACUUUCCAACGAGGAGGCGUGCGAGGACGGCGACCCAUUCGUGAUCCCGAUCCACAGCGAUCCCUUCGAACCGGAACAACGCCGCCGGAAACUAUGGGAAGUCGGCGCCCGGGAUGAGGACGGUGGGCUGCUGGACCUUGAGGUCAUUAAUCUCGUCGACACGCCCCUGGCGAAGGUGCCGCUGCCAGAGGAUGAUCCGUUUGGAUAUGUCGGCGAUGCGAAACGCGUCAUGUCCCUGCGGAGAGAGAGGUCUCUCUCGGUUCAUGACGAGAGCUUUCCGGAUGUGGACGUGCUUCUGAAGGACGCGUCAGCCGGUCGGAGAGAGGAAGGGGUCUCGGGCGAAAAAGCGGUCCCGAGUGCAUCAUCAUUCCGUUCCUCGUUUUUGGUGCCGCGAGACCUGUCGAGGCCGAGUGCGACUGUUAUGACUACAACCACGAUUGCGACUACAAGCGCUGGCUCCGGCACAAAGCAGCUGUGCACUCCGCCGUAUUCGGGCCAAACUGCGGGUGCUUCACAGACAUCUACAUUGGCUCCGGCAGCUGCGCAGAAACUGGACACCUCGUCCAGCCAUCCCGGACCGUCAACAACACAGACCACCAGUGCAGCAGCCGGCCCGGGAGUCCCACCGAAACCCAAGUACGAGCUAUACACGGAUUCGCAACUUUCUAGGGAGAUCACAUCCUACGGUUUCAAGCCGGUCAAGCGAAGGGCUGCCAUGCUCGCACUGCUGGAUCAAUGCUGGGAAAGCAAGCAUACCAGAGCUCGGGCGGCACUAAGCCCGCUUCCGUCGAACCGGUCGCUAUCCACAACUUCGCAGAAGCAGCAGCAGCAGCAGCAGCACAAGGGAGCCGGCGCAACCGAGCCUACCAAGGCCACAGCUCCGCAACCGGCGGCGAAAAGACCACGGGGUCGACCACGUAAGGACAGUACUGCAAGCAAAAAAGCCCAUGAUGCGACAAAACCAAAACCGGGGACAAAGGCAGGCAGGGAGGCCAAGGCACCGGCUUCGGAAACGACAACGGCAAAAACAGCAACGGUCGAACCUGUGCAGCCAGCAACGCCGACAAGGCCAAAGAGACGGACGGCCUCCUCGAGAUGCAAGACGCAAAAGCCCGCAGCCGAGGUGAUCGAAAUACCGGACUCCGCGUCCGACAGCUCGGCGGCCCUGACGUGCUCGCCCGACGGGUCCUUCUCUUCACCGCCCGGGGUGGAGAUCGUGUCGCUCUCGCUGGACGAGGAGACGGAAACGUCGCUGGUCCCGCCGGUCUCUUCUGCGGCGGCGGCGGCGGACCAGCAGCAGUCGGGGCUCAUGCGGCAUAUCACGCGGGCGAUCAGGGACGCGCCUCCCAGCAAAGACCCGAGCCGGCCUUCGUGGCACGAGAAGAUGCUCAUGUACGACCCGGUGAUUCUGGAAGAUCUGGCGGCGUGGCUGAACUCGGGACAGCUGACCGGGGUGGGAUACGAUGGCGAGGUGUCGGCGUGGGAGGUGAAGCAGUGGUGCGAGUCGAAGAGUGUGUGUUGUCUCUGGCGGGUGAAUGUGUCGGGCAAGGAGAGGAAGAGGUUUUGAGGGGGGUUGGCGACAUUGGGUUACCCGGAAUUAUACCUUUGGAACUAUGGGUUUCUGUAUAUGAUCAUUUUGCGUGGGAGAACUUUAGAGGUUGGUAAGAGUCGUCGUUCCGGGUAUCGACGGUUGUCAUGGUACGUACUGCAUCGCAUGUACACCCACUGUACACCACUGUACAUAUACUUUGUACAUACAGCUUCAGGGGUUCAGAACGGACCUCGGCAAAAAAAAGUCCCCGCCAUGAAUCGCAUUAAUCCCAGCGAGCUGGAGUC